AUGUUAAUUAAUGAUCCAAAUAUAUCAAAUUUCAUGAUGAAUUCAGCUAACGACACUUGUGACAACUUAAAUGAAGAUCAAUUAGAAUCCUUGUCUACAUUUGCUACUUUGAUCGAUGCAAUGGGAAAUCAAUUAUUGUCUGUGUACAGGAACUUAUAUGAAGCAACUUGGAUAAAUAACAGUUCAAAUCAAGCUAAUAUUCAGUUUCGAUCCGAAUCAGAUAAUAAUUCAUUCUUACCCAUUGCAUUAGAAGCACUGGAAGACCGAUUAAAUAUUGCUAUACGUUUAUUUGAACAUAAAGAGCAACAAAUCAGCCAAGUGGUUACACCAUUUCUUCGUUCUUAUCUGGGUCUAUUGAAAAGCGUUGUAAAUCAUCCGUCGGAAAAUCUUUUAUCACCAGGAGGUGGACGUCGUUCACGUAAUCGUAAUAGUUCAACUUCAUUGGAUUCUACAAAUCCUUUAUUGUUGAACAGUACUACAUCACCUGGUCAUCUGGAAAUAAAUGAAAUCAGAUCGUUUUUUGUUAAACGUCUUCUAUUUGCAUGUAUAGAUAAGAUGAAGUGUCUUCCGAUUCGUGAUAAUCAAGGAGAUGAUGAUGAGAGUGAAUAUGAAGAAUACCGACAUGAACUACGCACACUAUUUGGAAACAUCACACAGUUAGAUCAAAGAUUUGUAUUGGAUACUAUACAUCAAAUGGUUAGACAUUCCCAUCAUUUACUCAACUCAAAUGGUAUGGAAAAAUCUUCAUUUCCUCUGGAACAUGUGCAACAAAUUGAUGUAACUUUGAAUUUGUUCUAUUUGUUUGGAGAAAUUUGCAAAACCAGUAAAAAUGAUCACUUCUGUCAAAGUUUUCCUCAACAUGAAACUAUGGUUUCAAUAAUGUCUAUACUGUGCAGUGAUUCCUUCUCUCGUUUACCACAUGAAACUCUUCAGUUACAGUAUUUCGAAAUAAUGGUUCGGUAUGAACGUUAUUUUUCGCUAGUACCUGAACACCUUUUGAAUGUGAUGCUCGCAUUUGUUGAUGAUCGAGGUUUGCAUAGUUCAUGGUAUAGUGUUAAAAUUCGCUGCGCUUAUUUAAUUAAUCGCAUUAUAAAGUCACACAAAAAAACUCUUCUUCCACAUACCGAAGAAUAUCUUUCACGUUUCUCCGACUUAUUAGAAUUGUCAUUAGAACCAGAUUCUAGUGUUGUAAAUGGUGAACUAAAUGGAAAUGUUGGUUUUGCCAAUGGAAAUACAUCGAAUUUUGGAAAAUCUGUUAAAACAGGCUUGGGUAUUACUGAACAAGGUUUCCUUUAUGAAGCAGCUGCGCAACUUAUCGCUGCAGGUGGUAUCCAACUGCCUAACUCAGAUAACAGUAAUAACAACGGAGAAGAUCGCGUCGGAGAAUUAUUCCGUGUUUUACUUACUCCUGUUAUGAUUCAGUAUGAUCAGUUUGUGACAAAGUAUGUUACUGAACAGAAUCCAAAAGUAGCUGAGGUUCGUGGAAUUUUAGUGAAACAAGUUACUGAUCUUAUUACAAAAACGACUCGAGUAUUUUCUCAACCAAAGUCUGUUAUGACCUCUGGAUGUGAAGCUGUGUUAAUUGAUGCAAUGCACCUCAUAAUUUCAGAAUUGUCGCGUUUCCCUACAGAAGCUGCUAGUCCCGGUCGACAAGCUGCAUGCGCCGGUGUUCGUGCAUUCUUGCAUCGAAUGGUUGCUUGUAUUGUACCAACAAAUGAAUCUAAUUCGAUUGGAUGCAGAAGUACUUUGACAUCGGAUAUUUUAUUGGUUGCGCUUGUAGACGCUGUUCCCAAGUUGGUAAGACCGUUACAGUCUACAGUCGCUUGUUAUACUACUGCCAAUCAAGUGUUAGAUAUAGUCGACGCCGAACAACGUUGGAAAGAAAUCAGAGAUGUAAUCCCUCUUGUUACACAAGUAGUACUGAGAUAUAAGAACCAAAGUAUUCCAUUUUUAUCAACUUGUCUACCGCAUUUAAUGGAAGUUAUCAUUAAUGCGUUAAAUGAAUCAUUACCACCGAAUCAUCCAACAUUAAUUGAAGAAAAAAAAUUACUACGCCGCGGAUAUCUUCAAUUAGUUCAAACUAUAUAUCAAUCAGUUCCUGAUGUAUUUUCACAACUUAUUAGUGAAAAUAUUGUACAAAAUCUUUCUACAGUACUUGGACAAGUUCAAGCUUGCUUAGAGUCUGAUGAUCCAACUGGAUUACGUUCAGGCGUAAUAUUAUUUUUACAACUUAUACAAUCAGCUGCUCAUAAUUUACAAUUUUAUGAAGAUUUUUUGUUGCCACAUCUUGUUCCAUUUUUUAUACUUGGUCCGAUAUCUCCUGUCUUUCGUUUGACUGAUGGUCAGUUCAUAUUGGCUUUGGAUAAAAUUGCUGAAAGUCUUCAUGUUUUGUAUCAAAAACAAGAUGGAUUGUACACAUAUUUAAAAGAUUACUUUCUGCCACGACAACAAUUAUCUCCAGAAUUAAUUCAAUCUUACACAAGUGCAUUAAAAUCUAGUUUAAAAGAUUUUCAACUGUUUGUCAGAAGCUUCUAUGCACAUUUUCAUUGA